UCUCUCCUCACUCUGAACUUGAGCGCAGAUAAACUUGUUCUUAGGCAAGAUUUGUUUAGAUUUUGCGGUUUUGGGACCUGUUCAGUUGCGGGUUUUAGUUUGAUCGAGGAUGUCAAUGAGUUAGGAGUGAGUCAGGAAGAUGUAGAAACUACAGGCGCUGACGUCGCCGCGGUAGUUUCCUUUAUUUUGCAGCUCAAUCGCUGAACUUUAUUGUUGGGGGGGAGUCUCAAGAAGUAACAGCUGCUCUUUGUUUAACCCUGCGCUGGAUGCGACCGACUAUUCCGGCUUUCUGUGAAGGAGAACUGUGGAAAAAUGUUGAGAAAGUUUUCAGCGUGUCCCACUGUGGAGGAGAAGGUUGUUCAAGGAAGGAGGCUGUGGGCUGCAGCUGUGGCUCUGGCCCUUCUGGGCUUGUUUGCAGCGCCUGGCUGGGCAGAGGAAGCCUCCUGUCACGGAGCUUAUGACCUCUACUUUGUUUUGGACAGGUCUGGAAGCUUAUCUGAUAACUUUAAAGAGAUCUACUACUUUGUGAAGAACCUUACGGACCGAUUCGUGAGUGAUCGAAUGAGGGUCUCAUUCAUAGUUUUUUCAUCCCAAGCUGAAGUUCUGCUGCCUCUGACUGGAGAUGGGUCUAAAAUUAAAGAGGGAUUGGAACGCUUGUACAAUAUCAAACCAGCAGGUGAAACCUACAUGCAUGAAGGAAUGAAAAAGGCUUCGGAACAGAUCAAGGCGCAGACCACGAAGUCUUCCAGCAUCAUCCUGGCUCUUACAGACGGGAAACUGCCAGUUUAUGUCCAUGAACUCACCGUGAAUGAGGCUGAUGAAGCCAGGAAAUAUGGAGCUCGUGUUUACUGCGUUGGUGUCGACGCCUCUGAUGAGAAGCAGCUUUCUGACAUCGCCGACUCCAUAGACAACGUGUUUCCUGUCAAAGAUGGCUUCCACGCUCUCAAAGGCAUUGUCAACUCUAUAUUAAAGCGAUCAUGUACAGAGAUUCUGACUGUUGAACCCUCCACCGUGUGCGUGAAUCAGUCCUUUGACAUCGUUCUCAGAGGGAACGGCUUCUCCAGCGGACGCAGCAACGAAGGUGUCUUAUGCAGCUUCAUAGUGAAUCAGCAAACCAUCAACAAAAAGCCAACAACUGUGCGCAAUGACUAUCUACUGUGUCCUGCUCCCGUUCUGUAUGAUGUCGGAGAGACUAUGGACGUUCUUAUCAGCCUCAACAGUGGAAAAACUUUCAUCUCUAAUGCCUUCACCAUCACUGCAUCUUCAUGUUCAGAUGGUUCAAUUGUUAUUAUAGUCAUCCUGGUGUUGCUGGCGCUUGUGGCUCUAGCCCUGAUGUGGUGGUUCUGGCCUCUCUGCUGCACAGUGGUCAUCAAAGACCCACCGCCGCCUCCUCCACCUUCUCGCCCCCCUCCACCUGAACCUGAGCCCCUGCCAAAGAAGAAGUGGCCGACGGUGGACGCCUCGUACUAUGGAGGAAGAGGAGCUGGAGGAAUCAAACGCAUGGAGGUACGGUGGGGAGAAAAGGGCUCGACUGAAGAGGGGGCCAGACUGGAGAAGGCGAAAAAUGCAAAAGUGUCCAUACCAGAAAAUGUGGAUGAGCCGAUGAUUAAACGGCCAACUCCUAAACCAACUUCCAGCAACCGACAGUCUGAGAACAAAUGGUACACUCCUAUCAAGGGUCGCCUCGAUGCUUUGUGGGCUUUGUUGCGUCGGCAGUAUGACCGAGUCUCCCUAAUGCGUCCAACAUCUUCAGACCAGGGUCGUUGUAUGAAUUUCAGCCGUGUGCCUCAUCAGGGGAGCAGAACUACGGUCUGAGAACCAGCUUGUGCUCAUCACUGUGGAUGAGAUGAGAAAAUCAGGGUUAUAAUGGUUUUUAAAAUGUUUCUUGCUGCUGGAACCACUACACGUCUACCGGGCCUCACUCUGUACUCAAACUUUCCUCUUCUUUUUUUUUUUUUUUACACAUACCAUCCCUUUAUUAUGCGCUCGGGACAAGAAAAUUAAUAGAGCGUUAUCCGACCGCAGGACACUCUUCUGACCGGGACCAUCUCCAGCUACGUUUGAGGGAUUGAUGCCUUCAAGACCUUGACAUGGCGCUUGGUGUUUUUUGCCCCUGUUUUGGGUGCAGUCUGCUCUCUGCUCAGUAAGGCGUAGCACAUCACUGCCGAUAAACAGGCCUAUCAGUUAGGACUUAAGCUACAGAUACAGCUGUACUCCCUGCCGCUCAGUCUCAAUCCUCCGAAGGGCUCCCGGGCCUGCGUCACAACUCGCCUGUUCCCCCAGCACCGGAAUAUCAAAGUUUAAUUAAAAUAAUUAAAGGCAACAGCAAGCAGCAGCCUGUGAAGACUUGGCUGUCUCCUUUUUUAUGCCUUUUUGACUUUGAAUGACCCAUAACUGUGUUAUCCACAGCAAAAAAAGAGGACACGGCGGCGUGGUGACGGUCCACCACGUCCAAAACGCAAACCCAAAGCAACGGAUGCGACGGACGGAUAAGUAUUGUUCAUUUCUAGAAAUGAUGCCCAUCGCCCCCCCAUCCCUCUUCCCCUCCACCCGGACAUCCCCAAAAUCUGGGGUUAUAUAUUUAUAUUUAUUGUGGACUUCUCAAGCGCGCUGUCAUGACGCCAAUCUUAAAUGAUGUUAGUGUGAGCGGAAACACUGUGGGGGAGGAAAGGGGGCAGCAGCUGAAGAAAAAGGCUCGAAUGAUCUAGUCACUUCGGAUACCGUACUUCAGAUGCAGAAUGGAUAUUCGAGUCGAAACCUGACAAAGCGUGCCGGCUUUGACGGGAAGCGGUAUAGACAAUGACCAGUGGCUGGGUCAGUGGGAUGUCUCCAUGCAAGCAGGGAAGCUUAUCAAAUGACACUAAAAAUAAGUUCAACAACCAUCAAGUUUGAGGGGGAAUGGGUGCGCAUCUCACAUUUGGGAGGCACGAGAGUGUGGACGGCUAACCGCAGUCUAAUUAUUCCUUUGUUUCCGCUCCUUACUGAUUGGAAGGACAUAAAUAAUUCCAGAUCGAAUCCUCGGGGUGUGCUGGUAUUUCUGUCUGAGUUAAACGCUUUUAGCUCCUUGCAUAAUUUUACAGGUUGACAUUUAGUUCGUCAGACUCUUUCUGAAAUUUUAACACGUAGGCGGUGUCUGCUUUAUGUUGCCACUAAGUGCUGGAAUGCUAUUAACCUGGGCUAAUGAGGUAUUUACAUGGCAGUCACAACACAACCAGCCCUUCUAGUAACAUGUCACCCACUGAGUCUUCCAUACACAUUAUUGCACACUGUGGUAACACCUAUUGCUGUUCUUAGACAAAUGAAGAAGAAUCAUACAUUUCUGUUUUUUUUUUUAUUGAGUUUUUUUUUCUUUUUGUGUAUUUUUCCACUUCUUUUAUAUGAAAUGCUCAGAUUUCAUAAUGCAACUUUUAUAUUGUAUUAACAUUUGCAAUGAUUCUCAAAUUCAGUUUAAAAUGCAUGUUUUGUUAUUUUUCUCUGCCUUACACACCAAUCCGCUCAAUAGUAAGCCUUUUAUAAAAUCAUAUCAUCUGUAAAAAUGUAGCUUUAUGUAUUAUUCGCACCUUACAAACCAGAUUUCAGUCACACAAAUUUCACAUGUGUGAGAAGCUGAUGUAACAGCAAAAAAAAACAUGUUUUUUUCUUUCUUUGUUUUAAUUUUCUUUGCUAUUUAAAGCUUAUUUCUGGGUGUUUUACACUGUUUUUAUAUGCAUUUCAUUUCAGUGAUUUUUACACUCCAAUCUGUUGUGUCAAAUACACAAAACACA